AUGGAAUACAUGAGGCGCCGCUGUGACAGUGCAGCCUCCGUGCCCCAGUUCACCAACUCCCCCACUCUGAUUGUGAUGGUUGGACUGCCUGCCAGGGGGAAAACAUACAUAUCCAAGAAGCUUACCCGCUACCUCAACUGGAUAGGGGUUCCCACAAAAGUCUUCAACUUGGGCCAGUAUCGCAGGGAAGCAGUCCAGAGCUACAAGAGCUUUGAGUUCUUCAGACCGGACAAUGAGGAGGCCAUGCAGAUUCGCAAGGCCUGUGCUUCAAAUGCCCUUAAAGAUGUAGUUAUCUACUUCUCGAAGGAACAUGGACAAGUAGCUGUGUUUGAUGCCACCAACACAACACGGGAGAGGAGGGUAUCCAUUGUGAGCUUUGCCAAGGAAAAAGGCUAUAAGGUAUUUUUUGUGGAGUCCAUUUGUGAUGAUCCAGACAUCAUUGCACAGAAUAUUACGGACGUGAAGGUGAGCAGCCCAGACUAUCUGAACUGUGACAAGGAGGAGGCACUGGCAGACUUCCUGAAACGUAUCGAGUGCUACAAGCAAACCUACGUGCCAUUGGACGAUGAGAAAGACAGGCGCCUGUCUUACAUCAAAAUCUUCAACGUGGGCUCUAGGUACCUGGUGAACUGUGUGCGGGACCAUAUCCAGAGCCGGAUAGUCUACUACCUCAUGAACAUCCACGUCACGCCGCGCUCCAUCUACCUGAGCCGCCACGGGGAGAGCAAUAUGAACCUGCUGGGUUGCAUUGGGGGAGACUCCGGACUCUCUCCCAGGGGUCAUAAGUAUGCCACUGCCCUGGGAACCUUCAUCAAGAGCCAGCAUAUAAAGGAUCUGAAGGUGUGGACCAGCCAUAUGAAGAGGACCAUCCAGACUGCAGAGCAUCUGGGGAUCCCCUAUGAACAGUGGAAGGCUCUCAACGAGAUUGAUGCAGGUGUGUGUGAGGAGAUGACGUAUGAGGAGAUACAGGACAACCACCCAGAGGAGUUUGCACUGAGAGACCAGGACAAGUACCGCUACCGUUACCCCAAGGGUGAGUCAUAUGAAGACCUGGUCCACCGUCUGGAGCCAGUGAUUAUGGAGCUUGAGAGACAGCAGAAUGUGCUGGUUGUGUGUCACCAAGCUGUCUUGCGUUGUCUGCUGGCCUACUUACUAGACAAAACCGCAGAUGAGUUGCCAUACCUAAAAUGUCCUCUUCAUACGGUGCUCAAACUUACACCGGUGGCAUAUGGAUGUAAAGUGGAGCAUGUUUUCCUAAAUGUUGAGGCAGUCAACACGCACAGAGAGAGACCUGGGAAUGUGGACGUAUCUAGAGACCCAGAAGAGGCCUUGAAGACUAUUCCUGACCACUUUUGA